AUGCGCUGCGCGUCGCUGGCUCUGCUGGUGCUGGCCGGACGACAUCGCAACCGGCUCGGCUGCAACAUACAGGACCCGCUGCUGGCCGUGCUUGUCGUGUUCGCCUUCAUCGGCCACCUGCUGACGACGUCCAAACGUCGUCUGCGCUCAACGAUCGCCCAGGUGAUUGUGUGCCUUGGGGUCUUCAUCGGCGUCAGCUACCAAGCGUGCAACAAGUACAGUUGCCAUGGCGACGACCGCAGCGCCAGCUGGCGUUCAGGCGGGGCGGCCGACAGAGGGCAGCACGUGUUGUGGGUGGCCAGCGGCGCGGUAGGCCUCGCGUUGGUCUGCGGUGCCUCACUGCUGCUCGAGGCGCAUUUCGACUGUCGACGCAAAGACGGCACGAAAACCUGUCCAUCGUGGUGGGAUGACAUCGCGAGCACCGCUGUCGUGACGACCUCUGCUCUCGUGGUCAGCGCGGCGCUCUUCUGGAUCGACCUGCUUCCCGUGUUUGGCGAG